GUUGUCAACGGUUGUACGCGCGUGUUGUAAUUUCGAACUGUAGCAGGCACAACUGAAGGAAUUCGGAAUAUUACAACUACAAAAGAAAAUUUCUUUUUUUACAAAGAAGAAAAGGGAGCAUUGCUCGGGACAAACAGAUUUUAAAAAUUUGUGUGUAAGCAAAUCUGUGGAAAUAGUGAAUUUUCUAAAAGAAAAAUCCAUAAAUAUAUUUGGAAAUAAGCAAAUCAAAUAAAUCUAAAAUGAAAAAUGCAGAUUAUGUAGCAGUGAAUGAAAGUUAUAUAAAAAUAAUCUAAAAGUGUAUAUCUAGGAUUUGUAAUUUCCCCCCCGCACCAACAGGACCUCCACAACCACCACCACCACCACCACCGCAGGAAAAAUAACAACGAAGUAUCAUCUAAAAAACCAGCUGUCUGUCGUUGGUCAGGUCAGUCAGUCAUCGUUCAUUUAACAAAGAUUUUAAUAGAAUCCAAUAAACAAACAAGUCCAAAGCUUUUGGAUUAGCAAACGAAGAAAGAAAAGCAACACAAAAUACAAGAGAAACAUUCCAAAGAGAAGAUCCAUUCCCUAAAAGAGCUGAGUAGAGACACUGCUGCUACAACGACGACAACAAAUCUAAGCGAAACGGAGACUAGUAACAUUUGUGGCAAGUUGUUCUCACCCCGACAUCAUAGACAUCAUUCAGCGUUGAUUCAGUUUACAAAAUGCCAUUAAUCAGCUUAGCUCGUUCGCGUGCGACAUCGCCGUCAUCAUCAUCCUCUUCAUCAACAUCGACGAUGACAACAAAAUUUCUCACAACCAACACCAUUGUUCUGGUAUUGUUGUUGACAUCAUUCACCCUCCUGAGCUGGCAACCGGCAGCAGCUCAGGGCAAUCAGACGCCACAGCAAGUUUGUCCCGAGCACAAUGAAAUUGCUCCUUGUGUCUGUAGCGUGAAGAAGAAUGGCCUGGAUAUCCUGUGUGAAACCACCGAUCUGUCUCACAUCACCAAAUCGAUGAGUACUCUGAAGGGCAAAAGUCCCAUCAUCUUCUAUUUGAAAUUGCGCCACAACAAUUUGCCGAAACUUCAGGGUUUCCUGUUUCUGGCAUUGGACAUUCGUCAUUUGACUAUUCACAACAGCAGUUUGGCAGCCAUCGAGGAGAAUUCUCUCAGCUCUUUGGGUAAGGGUCUCACUCAACUGGAUGUUUCUCUCAAUCAAAUGAAAACGGUGCCCUCGACGGCCUUGAAACAUCUUUAUCAUCUUUUAAUUUUGAAUUUGAAUCACAACAAAAUAACGGUGAUUCAUAACAAUGCAUUUGAGGGUUUGGAUACAUUGGAAAUUCUGACAUUGUAUGAGAACAAGAUCAACAAUGUGGAACCAGAAGCUUUCCGGGGCUUAGAAAAGAAACUCAAACGUUUAAAUUUGGGUGGCAAUGAAUUGACCAUGGUGCCACAACAGGCACUUUCAAUCCUAGACAACCUUAAGAAAUUGGAAAUUCAAGAAAAUAAAAUCAAAAUCAUUCGGGAAGGCGAUUUCGCCGGUCUUGAAAGUUUGGACUCCUUGAUUUUGGCCCACAACAUGAUUACUUCGGUACCAGCCAAUGUUUUCUCUCAUCUCGGUUUGCUAAAUUCUUUGGAAUUGGAAGGCAAUAAAAUUUCCAGCAUUGACAAGGACGCUUUUAAGGGAUUGGAAGAAAAUCUUCAAUAUCUCCGUUUGGGUGAUAACAAUUUGCAAGCCAUACCCAGUGAGGCACUGAGGCCGUUGCAUCGUCUACGCCAUUUGGAUUUGAGAAAUAAUAAUAUUAGCGUUAUAAGUGAUGAUGCCUUCACUGGUUAUGGCGAUUCCCUGACCUUUUUAAAUCUGCAAAAGAAUGAUAUCAAGGUAUUACCUAGCAUGAUAUUUGAAAAUUUAAAUUCUCUGGAAACAUUAAAUAUUCAAAAUAAUAAAUUGACUCGCUUACCGCAAGACAUCAUGGAGCACAUCAUCGACACGCUGCGAAUAAUCGAUAUAACAGAUAAUCCUUUGGUGUGCUCGUGCGAGCUAACCUGGUUCCCCAAGCUCCUGCAGGAUCUCAAGAACAAAGACGAUGAAAUGGCUCAGAAAAAGAAACCCAUCUGUCAUAUGCCCGUGGAGAAUCGGGAUUAUUUCGUACAGUCGAUGCCGCUGGAGAAAAUGCACUGUGCCGGUCUGUCGUCCAGUGAAGCAAGUGAUUUACUGGACACAAAUGGUGUGUUGUUAUGGCGUUUACUGCCAGUAAAUAUGCUUGUGACGUUUUUGUGUACUUUUUAAAGGAAUCAUGUGGUGGAAGUGGUAAACAAACGCACGCUACAAUAUAUAACUAUACCAACUACUACUACUACGACUAUCGACACUCUCUUAUUUUGUACAACAACAACAACUACUACACAUGUAUGUGUGAGACACCAAUGAAAAGCUAAGUUAAAACAAACAACACGAAAUGUUGCUAAAAUAACAAAUUGUUGUAAAUUAUUUGUGCAACAUACAGACACGAGUUUUAUGAUCAGCAAGACGUACAGAAGAAACAAUUACAUAUCAGAAAAAGAAACAGACUAGAAUAUCAACUACAACUGCAACAACAUCCAAAAAAAAAUUAGUUUUAGUACGAGCAUUGCUAUUUCUCGGGGUUUUUUAAUGAUGAGGAAAAAAAAUAGCAAAGAAAAGGAAUAUAUAUGUACAUCCUUAUUAUAUUUAUAUAACAUGUAAGACAACUGUUGAACACACACACACUAAACUUUACAAUAUAUGUGUCUGUGUAAUCUAUUAUUAAGGUUUGGAUUUCUUUAUUUCCCUUUUAAUUUUUUUACACCACAUCUAAAUGUAUUUAUCAAUCAAGUAACUUCUAGGGAUAAAUGGUUGCAACUUUUUGAAAAAAAAAAAAAAAAAAAAACAAACAAACAUAAAACAAAAUAUCUACACUAUAUCGAAAACAUAUCACUAGUUUUUUAGGAAAACACUAAUGGAAAUGAGAAAUUAACAAGUAACCUUUUUUGUAGCAUACUUUAUGGGGAAUUCAAAAAAACGUACUAUUAGUACUAUUUUUUCGAUACCAUACACGAAAAUUGGUUAAUGCAGUACUUUUUUUAAAUCCGUGCAGAUUCUGGAACAGAGCAUCUACACAUAUAUAUUUUUUUUUUUUAAAUUAUAAAGCAUUUUAUAUAUUAUUUUUAUAAUUUAUAUGUUUUUUAUUUAAUUUUUAUCUUUAUGUUGAUUUUUAAUGAUAACUAACAUUAUGUAUUUAUAUUUAAUUUUGUAAUUAAGGAUUAUUUUUUACUUUAUUUAAAAUAAUAAACUAAUAUAAACAAUUUGAACAUAAUCACAAUGUUAAUUUAUAUUUUAAAAAUAUACCAAAAAUGAAUUAAAAAGUUUAUUUUUAAUUUUUUUGUGUUUAAAUUUAAAUAAAAGUUAAUUUUUUUUUUUAAGUUUGCAUUUUUAAUGCUAAAAAUAAUAAUUUAUAUUUUUUUGGAAGUUUUCACUGUAAGUUUCAGUGUAACGGGCCUAAAAGAAAAAUGCGAUCCUCAAUAGACUCGAGGAAUAAAAUGGAGAAUUGGGAGGAAAAAUGUAAUCCUCAGGUACCGAAAGAUUUUCUAUAUAUACUCCUAAUGGUCGCAGAGUUUUAAAUAGUAAUUCUCAGGAUUUGAAUUUUCCCUGAUAAAUCAGAGACCUUUGUAGGAUUUUUUCUAUGGAAAAAUAUUAAAUAAUAAAAAAAAUUAUAUUAUCAUGAAUGAAAGAAACUUUUUUGGCAGCAAAAAAGAAAAAUUACUCCAAAGAGACCUGAAGAUUUUUUGUCUACGUAAACCUUGGGGAAUCUGAUGAUAUCUUAGGCGGCUUAAAGAAUACUUUUUAUGGAAAAUUCUAAAGUUUUAGUUCUCUGGUUCUAAGUAUUACUCUUAGAAAGUCAGGGAUUUUUUUUUAUGGGAAACAUCUUACCCCAUUUAGAUGUUGAAUUAAAAAGUUCUUCAAAGGAACCUAAUGGAUUUUUUCUGCAGAAAAAUUAGACCUCAGUCUAUCUGAAUAAUACUUUCUUUGUAAGAAAUUCUAAAGUUGUAUUCGUCAGGAAUAUGAGCAUUCUUCUUGUAAAAUGUCGGAGUUCCGAAGUUGUUUAUUUUAUAACAUAAAGUGUAAUUCUCAUCAAUACCGGAAAUUCAGUCAUAGGGAAAUCGUAGCAUUUUUAUACCCUACACCACAUAGUGGUAAGGGUAUUAUGUCUUUGUGCAUUUGUUUGUAACAUGGAGAAGGAAACGAGAUAGGCCCAUAGUUACUUUUGAGAACCUUCAUAGAAUCACUUUCUGAGUCGUUUUAUGCAUGUCCGUCCGUCCGUCUGUCCAUGUAUUCUUGUGAACAAAAUGCAGGUCGCAUUUAUUAUCCGAUUGAGAUGAAAUUUUCCAAACAAUAUCUUUUUGGCCCAAGGACGAACCCUAUUGAAAUUGGUGAGAAUCGGAUCAAAUUUAGAUAUAGCUCCCAUAUAUAUCUUCAUCCGAUUUCUGGUUAAAUGUGCACCAAAUGUCCACUAUCAGUCCAAAUUACCUGAAUUUUGGCACACGCAACCGAGUUCGGCCUAGAAGCAAGUAUGUCAAAUUUGGAGCCAAUCGGUUCAGAUAUAGCUAUAGCUCCCAUAUAUAUCUUUCAUCCGAUUUGAUCUUUAAGUGCAUUUGUUUGUAACAUGGAGAAGGAAACGAGAUAGACCCAUAGUUACUUUUGAGAACCUUCAUAGAAUCACUUUCUGAGUCGAUUUAUGCAUGUCCGUCCGUCUGUCCGUCCGUCCGUCCGUCCGUCUGUCCAUGUAUUCUUGUGAACAAAAUGCAGGUCGCAUUUAUUAUCCGAUUGAGAUGAAAUUUUCCAAACAAUAUUUUUUUGGCCCAAGGACGAACCCUAUUGAAAUUGGUGAGAAUCGGAUCAAAUUUAGAUAUAGCUCCCAUAUAUAUCUUCAUCCGAUUUCUGGUUAAAUGUGCACCAAAUGUCCACUAUCAGUCCAAAUUACCUGAAUUUUGGCACACGCAACCGAGUUCGGCCUAGAAGCAAGUAUGUCAAAUUUGGAGACAAUCGGUUCAGAUAUAGCUAUAGCUCCCAUAUAUAUCUUUCAUCCGAUUUGAUCUUUAAGUCCCUCACAUUCCUACAAUGCACUCCACAACCGUGAUUUUUGGUACCAGGUAUUAGAUAGAGCACAGAAAUAGCUGUUUUAAAUUUUAUCGAAAUCGGUUCAGAUUUGGAUAUAGCUCCCAUAUAUAUCUUCAUCCGAUUUUGGGUUAAUUGACCACCAAAUGGCCAAUAUCAGCCCAAAUGGCCCGAAUUUUGGCACAUGUGACCGAGAUUAGCCUUAAAGCAAAUACAACAAAUUUGGAGAAAAUCGGUUCAGAAACAGCUAUAGCUCCCAUAUAUAUGUUUCAUCCGAUUUGGUGUUUAAGCCUCUCACAUUCGUAAUAUGCACUCCACAAGAAUGAUAUUUGGUACCAGAUAUAAGAUACAGCCCAGAAAUAGCUGUUUGUAAUUCUAUCGAAAUCGGUUCAGAUUUGGAUAUAGCUCCCAUAUAUAUCUUCAUCCGAUUUCGGGUUAAUUGUGCAUAUAAGUCCAAAUGGACUGAAUUUUAGUACAUCAGACCAAAUUCAGCUUAGAAGCAAGUAUAUCAAAUUUAGUGAAAAUCGGUUCAGAUAUAGAUAUAGCAACCAUAUAUAUGUUUCAUCCGAUUUAGUGUUUUAGUCCCUUACAUUCGUAAUAUUCACUCCAAAACCGUGAUAUUUAGUACCAGGUAUGAGAUGGAGCACAGGAAUAGCUGUUUUAAAUUUUAUCGAAAUCGGUUCAGAUUUGGUUAAAUGUGCACUAAAUGGUCAAUAUCAGCCCAAAUCACCUGAAUUUUCGUACAUAAGACCGAAUUCAGUCUAGAAGCUUAUACGUCAAAUUUGGAGAAACCCGGUUCAGAGAUAGCUAUAGUUCGUAAAAUGCACGAUAGAAUUAUAUAGAUUUUGAUUUUGUAUCAAAUAUCUCAUAGAGCUCUGAAAUGCCCUGUAUAAACCUUUUUACGAGAGCUCUACUAAAUAUGCAUAGUGGUGUAGGGUAUCAUAUAGUCGGCCCCGCCCGACUUUUGAGCUUUCCUUACUGGUUUUCUAUAGAAAGAACUAACUUGAGCGAAAUUCAAGAAUUGUUUUCAAUAAAUAAAGAAAUCCUCAGAGAAUCUAAAAAUGUUUUUGGGAAAAUUAUCCUUAGGAAAACCAAUGAAUUGGGUUACAUUUUGUGAAAGAAAAACAUUCUUUAGGUAUCCUGUACUGUACACAUUUUUUGAAAUUUAAUAACAUUUCUUGAAUUUACGAAAAAAGAAUUCAACAAGAUCCCUGGAAAUAUUCAAACUCUUAAAAAAAACUUCAGGAUACUGAAGGUAACAUUUUUUCACAGAAAUUGCCUCAAUUCCUCUGAUGAUAUUUUUUUUCGCAUUCAAAGUCCUUACAAUAUCAAAAAGUGAGAGAUCUUUAUAAACUUCUUUUUUAUCAGAACAGCUUAUAUUUAAACUAAUUUAUGUAUGUAUUUUAACAACCAAUCAGUGUUGUAAUUUUCCCCCAAAGUAGUCUACGAAAAGUCCACUUAACUAAUAAAUUGAAACAUUUUUCUGAGCUUCUUUUGAACAAAAAAUAAAAAAAAUUAAAUUACAAAUUUUACAAUAAAUGUGUAAAAAAGUCACUUGCCACGCAAAUACUAUUUCUACAAAGAAAACCACCUGCUUCAGAAACGGCAAUUCUCAACCCAAGUUGUGUUAAAAUGUUAACUGUUUUUUUUAAGACACAAAGGAUAUUGAUGCAAGCAAUGCGAAAAAGGGUCUCUAAUGCAGUAAAAAAUCAUCCAUAUUAAAUAAUAAAAAAAAAAUUAAGUCCGAAUGUUGAUCGAUUUUAUGUUUUGGAAUAAAAUAUCUAUAGAAAAUGUUCCACCAGAAUGCAAAUUUAAUUUUCCAAAUUCUUUAUAGAUAUAUUUCACUUUUUAAAGGGACUUUGCGGAGUUCUAUGUAUCCUCUAAAAAUACAUGUAUCAAAUAGAACGGUUACUGCCUAUGGAAUACCAACAGAGUAUACUCUGUAUACCAAAAAUAUCGAAGAUCUUAAAUCUAUGGUUCACCUAUACGAGUUAUACUAAUUAAAAAAAAAACAUGCUGAAGAGGGGAUACGAAGGAAGUCUUUAGUUACACGAUUUCUUUAUAAUUUCCUCGCUUGGAAACGACUUAUAACCAUAUCGAAGUCCUUGUCCGUACCGUUGAAAGAUUUACAUCUACAGACACUCAUACCUCGAACGUAGCCAGAAAGCCAUUCGGCAAAAUAUGAGCUUUCACAAGCAAGCCGUUCCAAAAAUGUCUGACAAAUGACCACUUCGAGGGACAGGAACAUACAUAUACAUAAAAAUCGACAUGCAACUAAGGUCAUUUCCUUGUAGGUUUCCCCUUUAACAUCUGAUGGAAAAUUCAAACAAGUCCUUAAAUCUUAAAUAUUACAAAUGAAAAACCCUAAACCCGCUUACCGGUACAAAAAUCACAUAAAAAUAUAUAGACAGUACAUAUAUAUAUAAAUGUUAUCGUUGUUGUGAGAUACAAUCAUUAAUGAAUUCUUUAUUUUUUUGUUUCCUUUUUACUAAAACGUAUUUAUGGAAAAUAUUUUAGAGAAAUUUUAUAAAAAAAAAAGAAAUAUACAAAUAAAAUUAAAUGUUUACAACUAAGUGUAAUGAAAACAGAAGCUACAACUACACAAACUCUACAAAAUUAAUGCAUAACAGUUAAAAGAAUUAAAAAAAUCACACAUCCCUUUCUUUCUUUCAAGGAUCUGAAAAAGUAAUAUAAAAUGCUUGAGAAAAAAUUAAUGAAAAUAAAAAUUAAAUGCAAAAUAAGAACUGAUUUAAGGGCAAAACAAAAUUAAAAAUAAGUGGUUUGUAGCUCAUUUUUUUUUUUUUUU